AGCAAAGAAAUAAAAAGCUGACAUCUCUCCUGUCAUCGUCUGUGACAGCAUCAAACAGAGUCAACAUCAGAGAUGGGAUCCUUUGCACCAUCAGCAGAAUCAUCCUCAACAGUUCAGACGACAGGGUCCAUGACACCAUCAGAAUCGUCACCAGAAAUAGAAAUAUCGACUACGACUACAGCUGUUGUAGCGGACCGUGAAAUCUGCGGCAUUUGUUUGGGACCAUGUAAGGGACCUCACUCUCGACUGACAACGUGUAACCACGCGAUUUGUCCUCCUUGUCUGGAGAAAGCUCAUCUGCAGUCUUCAAAGCAGAGCCACCUAGACAGCAGCAUGAAGAGUGCUGACGACGAAUGCGACAAUCAGUCAGCAUUGACCUUUCCCUGUUUGCUGUGCCGCACUCAGGUUGAGUUGUCUGCCGAGGGCAAGAGUCUGACGAAGGUCGACAUGGCUGUCACCUUCUUGUCUCCCUACUGUUCGUAGUGUCACUGCUAUUUGUAUAUUGUUUUUGUUGGCCACUGCUAUUAGCACUAGGAAACAUUUACUGCUCCUAGAAGACUCUGUACUGUUUGUGUACUAUCAGAUGUUUUAUUUUAUGAGAGGAUGUCUAUUUUUUUUAAUACAUAAGGAAGACGCAUGAGAAUUUUUUCCUUUUCUUUUCUUUUGCAAUACAAAAAGACCCUUGGAAUUUGAGAAGACGUUGACUUGCAAAGGGUUAAAAGGCCCUGACCAUCAUGUCGUAUGACAUUUGAUGAAAUCGUGCUUACCUUUUCCUUGCAGGCCGUCCUCACGACCUCUCAUCCUCCAUCCUCGACCACCCACCCCUCCUCCCCCACCUCAACUAAACACUCACUUGUACCAGGUGACCUCACCACUCUGACUCCGUCACUAACAGCGCCACCUGCUCUCGUCGCGCGCCAGACUUUCUUUGAUCUCGAUAAACACUCUGGAACCUCUGACAAGAUACUCUAACUGUACCGCGUGAUACUGCUGAACUUGAGUUUAUAACAGAGACCUCACAAAGUGAUCUACUUGAUCUACUUGAAAUAUCAUACCAAUGGACGUUACGUUGUUUGACGUUAAAACGAGAAAUUUCAAGGGUGUUGUUCCCAAUAGAACCUAAGCAUCAAAUGUCACAUGAUAUGACACAUACACUCAUCACACGCAGUAAUAACCGCCAUUAUAGGUGCUUUAUGACGGGUAUAUCAUCACGAGUGUCGGGGAAGCUAAGAUUUCUAGAGCCUAAUACAUUAGAGGCAGUGAACGCAGCUGAUUUACCUGGUCUAGGGUUCGACAGUCUUAGUCGCAAUAAAAAUAGAAAUGAUAGAUGAUGUUCGAUAAUAUUUUUUUUUCAGUAUGAAUUUCAUGCUGAUGAUAAAGAUCGGGGUACCCAGUCUUCGCAACUUUCAACCUCUGACACGUGCGACGACGUGAGAGAGGCGGAGUGCCUGUGUGUCGAGAGUGGAAAAGGCCUGUGUCUCCAGUGUCGCCACAAUCACGCCAAGCAACUUCAACCUCUGACCUCCAGCACCAGUUUGCCCUCGACCGAAGACCUUGAUCCUGAUGUAGAACAGAAAACACGGAGACAAGUGAAUGAUCUGACGGCGGCGCUGACGGUGAUGGAAGAGGAGAGGAGUUGUCUGCAGCGGGAGAGGCAGGUGGUAGCUGACGUCAUCAGAAGCCGCGCUGACGUCGUGAGGACGCUGGUGACGCAGGCGGAGGAGAGGUGCCAGAGGGCGCUGGCCGCGGUCGCUGAGAAGAGGGAGGGCGAGAUUGAAGAGGAGAUGACAGCAGCACGGGACCGUCGUCAGCAGCUCCAGCAAAUGUCUCUCAAAGUCGGAGGCAAGCAGACGACAGACAUGCACACGUCACUCUUUAGUGAAGACAGUCUACUUCAUCAGCCCAGACAACCCCGGUUUCUGUUACAUCAGAGUGACGACACUUCUAUCAAUCUGCAGGUGUUGGAAUGCUACCUGGGCCAGGUGUACGGCACCUCCUCCUCGCCACAUGAGGCGGACGAGAACAAGGGGAUGGUAACGGACGGCCUUCCUGGAGGGGAGGGAGCUAUGGGCUCCCCUACACCCACCACUGACGUGUCCAUGGAGAGUGAACCCCAAACUAGGCGGGUAGACGGACUGGGUUGUGGCUACGACCUGGUGAGGUAUCAAGGUGAUAACAACUCACUGAAUCAACAUCUCGACGCCUUCUCUCGCGGUGCGGUGAAGAUCGAACAGGAAACAGUCAGGCUCCAGGAGCAAGUACGAAAUAUGCUGAAUAUGUUGGACACCAUCAGGGGACUUAACUCCAAGGUCCAGAGUGGCUCACAGUUAUGUCAAGACGCCGAAACUAUGACAGAAGGUCACGUUGAACUACAAGAGGAAGAAGUCAACACAGAUGGAGAGACUGGCGAACUACCUGAUGAAAUCAGCGGAGAGAACGAAGGAUCGGUGAUGGAAAGCAGUCAGCUGAAUACUAACGGCGAGUUAAUAAAGGGAGGCAACUUAAACAUUCCGAAAGAGAUUGGUGCUCUGAGCCAGAUGUUUACUACACUUAAAAGCAAGUCGAGGCACGUGAUCGUGUUCCAUGCCCGAGUGCGGGCGGAGAGACUUGUGAGGGAGAAGCUGCUCGUCCGACACCAGGUGCGGUGCAACGUGGGGCAGGCCUACAACACGCGGACAGGUGUCUUCACUGCACCUGUCACCGGCAUCUACCUCUUCCUGGCCACGGAGCUGAAGGGCACAGGGACAGGGGGCGCCUCCACUCGCCUCUCUGUGGACAACACGACGGUCGCGUGGUUCAAGUCUCGCCUGAGUCACGUGGGGAAGGGCGUGAGCUGCACGUCACACGUGGCGGUGAGGUUGACCUCGGGUCAGUGCGUGUCACUGAAGGCUCGAACUGUUUCCGUUUCACAAACAUGGCUCCUGCUGUUUAGUGGCAUGCUAGUGCAAAUAUAAUUGCUAGGGGGAUCUUACAGAAGAUUUUUUUUAGUUAAUGGCCUAUUUUUGAACUGCACGACUUAGAAUGGCUUUGUCUUAAUUUGGAAGAUGCUUGCUUGUCCUUCAUGAACUUAAUUUCAUUUAUUUUUUAAUUGUUUAAAUAUUUUACCCAUAUUACUGUAACAUUACCCAGAAACAUCGUAAUGAGUCUCAACUCUCAGCACAUUGUGGUCCAUGUGCCUUCAUGUCGAUGCUACAAAACAAUGUCUGCCAUCGUAAUCGUCUCAAAGCCUCGCUAACUUAUCUACAGACACACAAACAGGUGGCCUCACAUCAUCCACCCUCAAACAGAACAUCCAAUGUCAACAAACAGCUUUCUACAGUUGUCAGAUGUCCUAAAGGCUGGACUUCAUGUUGUAAUCCAGUUUCUAUAGGUGUUGUAAAACCUCACCUGUAUUAGACCGGCUUGCUACUGUGUACAGAUUACCAUAGCCUAAGGUCUGGACUGAAUCUCUUUCUACAACAACCUCGACUAAAUUAAAUUUGUAACAUAUUCAGAUAUCAUAA